UUUUUCUAUUCUUCCUUUUCUUAUACAAAUAUCCACUUUUCCCCUUCCUUUUUUCUUUUCUUUCUUUUCUUUUACUUUUUUAUUACAACAACACCAAAAAGAAACAUGUCUAAACGAUCAGCAGAACCACUUGAAAAAGAUAUCCAGUUAAAGAAGCCACGAACUACUGACAACCAUUCACCCGAUUGUCAAGAUCCUGAUUGUGAAGGUUGUGAUAUAGGUGAAGUAGAAAUCUCUUUUAUUAGAAAGAAUGAUCAAGGCGAAGAAGAAAACGUAUCAGUACAACCAACUGGUCAAGAAUUACUGACUAUGGCAAAAGAAGAACAAGGUGAUACGGAUAUGUCACGAAGAUUAUUUGAUAUGGCUUUAGAACAAUUUGAAAAAGAAGAACAAGGAAAAACUGGAGAAGGUUAUGCUCAAUGUUUGGUUGAAUUAGGACGUGCUUUAAACGUAAAAGAAAGUAUACAAGAAGGUUAUGAUAUAUUUAUUGGAAAAGAAUCAUCAAAAUUUGUACAACUUUGGCAGGCUCGAGCUGCUCUGGCUUUGGCUCAAUCUAUUCGACAACAAAAGAACAAGACCUUUGAAGAACUCCGACUGGACCUUGAAGAUACUGAUGGUGAAAUAGAAGAUGAAGUGGCAUUGGAAAAAUUAAUAAUGAAGGAUCAAGUAUCAAAAGAAGAAAUCAAGUAUUAUAAAGAAGCUCUUGGUAAUUUAGAUAAGAUUCUUUCACAACCAUUUGACAACCUUGAUGAACAAACUUUAUUAUUGGCCCGACAAACAAUGCAUGAUAUUCGAGAAUAUGGUGAAACAUUAGAACAACCUAACCAUGAAGAACAUGUUGCUGUCCUUUUCGAUACACUUAUCCGAUAUAUUCAACAUUUCCCUUAUGAAAAUGACGAUAAUCUAUUGACGUUAUGGGGAGCAUCUCUAUUACAUCGACAAAAAUUCGUUCAAGGAAAAGAAAAGGAAAUGAUUUGUCAACGUGCUGAAAAACUUAUUCAACAAGCCAAAAACACUUAUGUUUCAAAAUACAAUCAAGAAAGUCCCCUGGGUUGGGAAUUGUAUGCUAUGCUAAAGAUGACUCAAUCCAAUAUGGCGGAAGAUGAAGAUCAAAUCUUGGAACUUUAUGAUGAAUCCAUACAAGCAUUCAAAAAAGCUCUUGAACUGAAUCCAGGAAAUGAAAAACUACAAGAAAUGUUAGAACUUCUGGGAUCUACAGGAGAAGAAGAAGAUGAUGAUGUUGAAGAACAAUGAAUGACUAGUUUAGACUGUACAAUAAUCUUUCACCUUUUUUUUUUUUGAUUAUAUUAUUUCUUGAAUAAAAAUGAC